AAAAUCUGGCGUCGUCAAGGAAAAUGAAGAAACAGAGGCACCGUUAAUUGAAGUGGCUGUAAACACGCACACAGCAAACUUUUGGCCGCGAAACUGAAAGAGCGAGAAAAAAUGGAUGCUAAUGAAGCUCCUCUAUCCACAUCCCCAUCGCCGCCAUCAUCUUCUUUCAGCUUACAACGCCAUUUCUACCUGGCCGUUGAUAGACCUCAGUUCAAGAUGGACACGCUGGUUGAUCUAUUAGGCACGGCCGGGCGGCGCCCGUAUCUUCCGGUUGUUGUGUGUUGCAGCACUCGCGACGAGCUGGACGCCGUCUGCUCCAACCUCUCGAAUCUGCCUUCUUAUAUUUCUGUUUCCUCACUUUACAGUGACCUUCCGGAAGCACAUAGAGCCGAGGUCUUGGAUAAUUUUCGUCGGGCGACUGUGAGAUGGAAUAAGUUGGGAAGAGAAGACGACGCUGAUGGGGAGGUUGAAAAGGAAGAUGAACGGAAGUCGCACGUGAUUGUUGUUACGGAUGCGUGUCUUCCUCUUCUUGGUUCCGAGUCGCCUGUUAGUGCUCGCAUUUUGAUCAACUACGAGCUGCCAACUAAGAAGGAGAUCUAUGCAAGACGCAUGGCAGCCUGUUUGUCAGAAGAUGGGAUCGUGAUUAGCAUGGUUGUCGGAGGAGAAGUAAUGAUUCUUAAAACCCUUGAAGAAUGCAGUGGUCUGGUAAUAGCUGAAAUGCCGAUACAUGUAAGCUCAACAGUAAUUUCCGAACAAUUUAAGCAGUCGCUGAUCAGCUGGAUCCUAUUGACAUGUGAUGAAGUGUUCCCAUACACCCACACAAGGUCCUCUGAGGGUAGCCUUGUUGGAUUUCUGCUAAGGCAGUCAUAGGUUAGCCCCUCUCUUUGAGAUUGUCUGAAAAAAUUCUUCCCAUAAUUGGGAAUUCUCUGUGAACUUCCUACCUUUUCAAUUUCAACCGAACCGAAUCUGAUAAUACUUGUGAAAUGGAUCUUAUUUUGGGUUGUUUUCUUAUUUUUCGUUUUUGUUUUUGCACAGUAGGACGUGACACUAAGAAACCGACGACUUGAUUUUUUGAUCUCCUUUUUUAAAAAUAAGAAACAGCUUGAAUCUUUUUUGCUCGACAGUACAAUCGGUAGUAUUAAAUUAGUCGAUUUGACAAUUCAUCCGCUAUAGCUUUCACGUUAACUAUAACACGUGAAGGUUUCUGUCCGUCAUUUACCCUCCAGGGCCUUCACACCCCAGAAAUGAGGGAAUAAGACAGCACAUAUCAUGUCCGGCUUAAGGGAAAAGGGGGUCGUAAAAAAAAUGGGGUUAUUGAGAUGGGGACUGGAAAAAGAAAAAGGGUUAUUGAGAUAUGGUCCCUAUAUUUUUGUGAUGAUAUGUCUGACAAUUUUUGUAUCAUUUUGUGCCUGCCAUUAAAAGGAAACUGGCAAUGUGCCAUCCCUUUUCUGUGGCCUACCUCUGACUUUAGGCAGUGAACCUCUGAGUGAGUGAAAGAAAAUGCAUUUGAAAAUCAAUUUUCUGUUAUUUCAUUUUUUUUUUCCAUAUUUAUUAUAUCUGGUUCACUUCUUUGAGCCUGGAAUCAAGAGCAACUGAUGGCCCUACUUAUUACAUUUGCUGCAACUAAAACUUGAUGCAUUUUGGUUGUCUCAGCUUGGUAAGACAUUCUUGCCCUCUUUCUCUAUUAUGCUAUAUGAGGUUGAUAUUUGGUAAAAACAUUUUUAUUAUGUGAAUUAAUUGCAUUCUACUAACUUAACUUUUGAAAUACAUACUCUGUUCGAACGAUAUGGAAAGACAGACUAGCCAACUCAUAGUAUAAAUUUCCUAUGUGCUGCAUAUUGCAAAGUUUACAAAAGAAUAUUCUUUAGGUUGCAAAGCGCCAAAGUUUGUAAAAUAUGCAUUAGAGUUAGAUGUGCAAAAAUGUGAUUCCCAAAAUGUAGUGGGUUUGGCGAGCAAAAUCGAAUAAUCCAGGGAUAAAUUUAACUUGAGACAGCUUCUCAAUAACUUGUAGAGUUUUUAUCCAGUACAGGUAUCAAAAAUUUUCACCAGGUGCCGUAAUUUUCUAGAGCAUAAAUAUUUUUAUGCAGUGCUGUUUGUGUAAGCUGACAAAAGAGAAGGUGGGACCUUUCUUGUACUUUGUGUCAAUACAGUAGGAAAUAUUCUUGUUUCCAGGCCCAACUCACACGUGAGGUAACAAAAUUUGUCCACUUGGCAGUGCCAUGGCACGUGCAAUGCAUGCUGUUAUGCAACCACGUACAUAAGUAAAUGAGCUUCCUAUUUCCUAAGAUUUUAUAUAAGUACUUUAUUUAAAUCUACUAUUACACUUGGGCAAUUGUACUAUUACACUUGGGCAAUUGUAUUAUAUUUAAAUCUAAAUAUAAAUGUUAUGCUAUAGAAAGCAACAUUAUAAAAGUGACUUUUCGUAGAAUAAAUAUUUAUUUUUAUUACCAAAUUAUGAAGGAUCGAUUAGUUUAAUGGGAAAAUGUUACAAUCCUAUUACGGAACUAUUCCGUUGGGAUUUGUAACCGUU